CUACCAGAGCAGAAGUUUGUUUUUUUCUUGUAAUCCUGCAGCUCAUUUGUUCUCGUUAGUUGUCGUUGUUAUUAUUAUUAUUAUUAUCAAAAGAGGGUUGGUGCAUCAAGCUGCAGCCGAGGAUCCAAGCAUGGAACUCUCUGUCCUGGGGGAGCACAGCUUCCUGAGCCUGCUGUACAGCGACACACUGCUGGGGGACAUUUCACUCGGGUUCCCUGAGGGACCCUUUCCCUGCGAUGCUGAUGGUAACCAGCUCUCUCUGGAUUCUCCCAACAUUUUCGACUACAUGAUGGUGCCCAACGACAGAAUCCUCUCUCCGACCCCUUUUGAGUACAACGAAAACAUUGAAAAAAUAUUGAAGUUUUUAGAGGAAGACCAGCAAGAGAAUUUGGGGGAAGAAUUGGAGAUGACACUUUCAGAACCGGAAAACACAUGCCAGGACCCCGCGAAAAGCACCCAAUAUCACAAGAGAGACCUGAACCCAGCUGAUGCCAACUCUGCGGAUACGAUGAAACCGAAGCGCCAGAAAAGAGGUCCCAGAGCAAACCGGGCGCUUGAGAAAAAGAAGAGAGGCUGGAGGAAGAGCUGCCGACACGACCAGGGAGAAGCACAGAGAGGUAUCCCAGCAAGCAGGCCUGGGGUCCACAUUGACCUUCCCAUUGAGAAGGGAGUAGCGAGUUCUCCUGCACACCCUGUCCACGGGUUUGUCACUUUCACGCUCCCCAUCUCCAGCCUCUCUGCCGCUGGAAACACUACACUCACUGCUGGAGGCUCUUUGGCCACUACCCCUGCACCCAUAGCCUUCCAGGUGAUUCAGAACUUCACCGCCCCUCAGCAGGUCUUCAAUAUCCCCGUCGCCAACGCUGUACACCCUGGGGGCCCGACGUUUGUGAUUGUGCCUGCUGCUCCAGUAUCCUCUCCCAGGGCUGCAGGAACUCCCAGCUCCCCCGUCGCAGGUACUGUCGUCGAUGCUGCUGUCGCCAGGCACCCUGCCAGCCCCUCCUCUCCCGCUAGCCCCUCUGCUGUGUCUGUGAACAGAUCCUCUUCUCCAGACUCUCUCCCCAGCACCCAGCCCACCACUACCGAUGCAGCAACGUCCCCCUGCAGAGGGUCGCUUCGGUCCCUGAAGACUCCUGCGAAACCCAAGUCUGUUGAAGAGUUUAAAGAGUCCCUAAGAAGUUACCUGCUCGACACCUGCCAGUUCAUGUGUGCGGAGGAUCAAGUGUCUCUGGAGUCUCUUCACAUUGACGUGCCCUUGAUCCAGAGGCAGAUAAAGAUAAAAACGGGGAAGAACGCCAACAAGUGUCUGGAGAAGGAACUGAUCAUCUUCGACGUAGCGGAGAGGAGGAGAGCCGAAAUCCCCCUGAGCCAGAUAUUCCACCCCAACGGGGAGAGGCCGAAAGACACCAGAGUGAUUGCUUUGCUGGGAAAGGCCGGGCUGGGUAAAAGUACACUCAUCCAGAAGCUUUGCCAGGACUGGUCCCGGGGGCACUUCCAGCAGUUUGAGUUGGUCUUCUGGUUCGCGUGCAAGAGGCUGAAUCUGUCCGGGAAGCGCUUCGGGUUGAGGAACCUGCUCUUCAGCUGCUUUGCGGCACUGCCCCCGGCCAACGCCAAUGAGGUCUUCAGAUACCUGCUUCGCAACCCUGAGAAGGUCCUGAUCAUAUUCGAUGGCUUCGACGACUUCCAGGAUUGCGAAGGCCUCCUUCAUUCCCCUGCCACCAGCUCCUCCAAGGAGAUCUACAGCAUCAAGGAUUUGUUUUCGGGUCUCUUUCAGAAGAAACUGCUCAUCGGAAGCACGGUACUGGUCACUGCCAGACCCAAAGAAAAGUUCAACCAGUUCUUGGGCAAGGUGGACAAGAUAGUUGAGCUCAGCGGCUUCACCCCUGAACACAUUGAGCUGUACAUGACCAGAUACUUCAAGGGCACUUCGUAUUGUGACGGCGCGUGGAAGAAGGUCCAGAACAACGGGUUUCUCUUUAGUUUGUGCUCUACCCCGCUGAUAUGCAGGUUAGUGUGCUUCCUCCUUGAACACUAUGACAUGAACAAAGACUUGCCGUCCACGCUCACGGGACUCUACUGCCACGUGUUCUACCACAAGAUGCACGUGAAUGCGUACGCGGCAGGUCCUGUGAACAGGAAGCAGAAGCAGAAUGUCCCUGAUCUGGGCGUCCUAGCCUGGGAAGGGGUUCAGGAGCACAAGUGCCUCCUGAACCCAAGGGACCUAUCAUCCGAGGAGCUGAAGGAACUCGGUCUGAGCAGCGGGAUCCUGAGCCCUCACCCAGUGAGCGAAUGCGGGGAGGAGGACGACUUCAGCCUUGGGUUCGUUCAUUUGAUCACACAGAAUUUCCUGGGGGCUCUGCACCUGAUCUUGGCCAAAAACAUCAAUGGCAAAAGCCUGGUGAAGCAGGUCCUCCUGGAGAAGAAAAAGAAGAAGCCUGAGGAAGACUGGCUGGACAUGCUGCGCAGGUUCCUGGCGGGGCUGCUGUUUCAACCUGCAGAGUGUUCCUAUCUGGACUGCUUGUCUGCCAAGGCUGUAGUGUCCAAGAAAGACGCUCUUUCUGAAUACCUGAAGAAGAUCAAACCCAGCGAUCUGAACCCUAACAGGCUGCUUGAGCUGUGCCACUGUGUCUACGAGACGGGCAACACGGGCCUCAUGAAGCACAUGGUCUCCAAGCUCCCGGCAGAGCUCUCCUUCAGGGGCACACCUCUCUCCCUGCCCGACGUGUUUGUACUGCAGCAUCUCCUGAACAAAACCAGAAGAGCCUUCGCCCUGGACCUUCACGAGACGGGCAUUGACCUCGGUGGACUCAAACAACUGGUGGGGCAGAAGAGCGUAACGUCAUUCAGGGCUUCUAUAUCAGAUACAAUAAGCCUUUGGGAGCACCUGCACCAGACUGGGGAGCAUGGUCUUUUAAAGGACUCCAUCUCCAAGUUCACUAUCAACCCUUUCAAAGCCUCGCGGAUCAGUGAUGUUGAGCACCUCUGUCUCCUCGUGCAGAUCUACCAGGAGAGAAAGCUGCCUUCAUGUGACUCAGAGACUGGGCCUGGCAAUGAGAUCUUUGAGAUCCCGGCCGUCGAGGGACUCCAGAAGCUAGAAUUUGCGCUCGGUCCUGUUUACGGAUCUGUGGGGUUUUUAAAGCUGGUGGAGAUCCUUCCUGCAUUUCAGUGGCUCCAGCACCUGGACCUUGAAGCUCUGACCGAUAACAAAAUCGGGGACACAGGAGUGGAGAGGCUGACGGAGGCGUUCCCUGCUUUAUCAUCGCUGGAGACGCUCAACCUGUCCCAGAACUACAUUGGAGAUCGCGGAGCUGAGAGGCUGGCACAGUCUCUUCCUUCCCUCGUGUCACUGAAGCAGCUCAGCUUGUACAGUAAUCUGAUUGGGGAUCGUGGAGCAGAGAACAUGGCCAGGGCACUCCCAGAAAUGAAGUCUCUUACCGAACUCGACGUGAAAUAUAACAAGAUCACGGACGUGGGGGCGCAGAAACUGACCGAGAGUCUGAAGAGCUGUCUGUGGAUAAAGAGCUUGGCAAUGUGGAAUCAGUCCAUCCCACAUGGAGUUUUGGAACACCUGAAACAACAAGAUUCUAGAAUCAACCUGCUUUAGAUCCUUCAGAAGCUGCCGUGGCCAAUGGGAUCAUUCCCUUGUGAAGGGGGCGGGCUGUCAGUCUCUGGGCAAGCAUCACUGAACACUACCUCUGCAGUCCCAGUGGGAGCCUGCUGGCAGCUGCUGUACAGAGAUGAUCAGCCCUGAAUGUCAGGCCAGGCACUGGUGCAGAGCGCAGUGCACUGGCUGUAGUGAGUAGCUAACACACCGACAAGUCGUCUGGCCCUCCUUCCUGUCGCCAUCACGCCUUGUACCAGGUUUUCAGUUCUCUAUUUAUUAGGCGGAGUGCUGCUGGUGAAACACACACAGCGUUUCCAGUGCAUGUCAGUUUCCCCAGGCUUUUCCCCUGGUAAUAGUGUGCAUUUACCAUAGCUUACCCUGGUUUGCCGUGUUCAUUAGCAUGCUUCACCACACCUCCCUUUGCUUUACAGUGCUUUCACUGUGCUUUAUUACACUUUGCUGUUUUUACCAUGGGGAAAGUGUUAUAAGGGUAAUGUUGUUAGAGUCUCCCUCAGAGUGUGCGAGUGUACACUGAGGUGCUAUCAGCUGUGGCUGAGACACUAACAAAGUAAAGGGUGCUGUGACUUUACAUGUUUACAAACUCUAGCAGGGCUCACGUGUGUUCAUAUCCUGAACGCUGCCUGCUUGGAACAUGUUUACAAGGGGAGCCUAUUAUUUUUUUUUUUCCACCAGGUCAGCUACUGCAUAUGCAACAGUUGCUAUGUUACUUGAUUCACGACCGUUAGUGGGUUUCACAGAAACGCCCCCAGAGAGUUUACUGUUAACACAGGGGGUCUUCCCUUCCAAACGGUUGAGCCAGGAACCCACAUGCUGUAUCCAGCUGUGUUUUACUACUGUGUGUGUGUGUGUGUGUGUGUGUGUGUGUGUGUUAGCUUGAGAU